CCAAAGGACAUGGUUGCCCAUCGCCUUUUGAAGUUGUGGAGGUCCAGUCAUAGGAAAUGCUCUCACCCCCUGGCUGCUUGCAUGGCUAACACAACUCUCUCUCUCUCUCUCUCUCUUUCUCCCCAAGGUGUUUCUGUGAGCUCAAGUAACACAGGUAUGCCUGACAUCAGUGGCUCUGUCUACAACAAAGCUCAGACUUUCGACAAGCAGGGAUUCCAUGCCGGGACCCCUCCCCCGUUCAACCUGCCCUCGGCCCUCAGCUCCACGGGGCCUCUGAACCCCGGGGCUGCUGCUGGCUACGCUCCGGCGCCCUUCCUUCAUAUCUUGCCUGCGCACCAACAGCCACAUUCCCAGGUGCUGCACCAUCAUCUUCAGCAGGACGGGCAGGUGAGUGGCUGGAUCUCUCUUUAGUCGGGGACUUUUCUAACCCUGGUUUUCUUUCUGGUCAAAAUAGCACUAGCCAGAGCCCUUAGACUUCUAUCCCGCUUCACGGUGCUUUUCCAGCCCCUCUCUAAGCGGUUUACAGAGUCAGCCUCUGGCCCCAACA